AUGGACGAUCUGAUCUCGUUAGGCGAGACGCUUCAGCAGGCGUCGUCAGCGCUCGUCGGCGAUGACCUUCCGGACCCCGACGAUUCGCGGUCCAGCAGCGCCUCCUCCUCGCCCGUCAUUCAGCUCGUCGUGCUCGGUGCUCCGGGCGCCGGAAAAUCUGCCGUUCUCAACACCCUCAUUGGCCAUGCCGUUCUUCCAACGGCUGAGGGUGGAGCCACACGCUUCCCUGUUCUGGUGGACCUACAACGGGACCCCAACCUGGGAGUAGGCAGCAUCCGAGCGAGUCUCGGACCGCGAGCCAACAUGCGGAAACCCUCGGAGGUGCGGCAGGCGCUGGUAGCGGAUAUGGCACAGGCCAAGUCCAAGUCAAGGAAUCGCCAAGAGGCGCACCUCAUCCUACGCUCGCCAAUUGCACCUCCAAUCCGUGUGACGGAUCUUCCCGGAGUCGAACGGUCGUCAGACCUUGAUGGCACACUGCAAGACAACGUGUCCAACCAGGAGGCCAUCAUCCUCGUGGUCAUCUCUGCCACGCGCGUCAAGGACUCGCUCAAGCUGCUGCGCUUAGCGCAUGACAUCGACCGCGAUGGCGCGCGCAGCAUAGGCGUGAUAACGCAGUUUGAGCGGGUGGUAUCAGACAAAGCUGCGGCCAAGCUUGCUCUAGAGUUAUUACAAGGGCAGGGCGCGGCCAUGGCACAGGACUACCCGUGGGUGCCGGUGCUGGGGCAGCCACUGGGGGACGCGAACACAGAUGCUCCCAUGGACGAGGCGUGGCAGGGCGAGCAGAAGGCCCUGGCGAGUGUGAUGCGGGCGCUGGGCGUGAAGGGCAUGGAGGGGUCCAUGGGGCGCGAUGCGCUGCUGCGCAUGAUUGCCCGGACCAUGCGAAGGAAGAUGAAGGAGAAGAUUCCGCGGAUCAUGGCCGGCCUGGAGUCGCGGUCAGUGGACGUGGAAUCAGAGCUGCUGCGCCUGGGAGAGUCCCUCAUCUCCGACCUGCAGGGUUCCAGGGCUGUGGCUCUGGAGCUGUGUCGCGGGUUCGAGACGCGCUUCAUUGAGCACCUCGACGGCUGUGAGGGCGGAGGCUCUCAGAUGGUUGAGAAGUUUGUCGGCACGCUGCCCCUGAGAUUCCGAGGCCUGCCAUUGGACGAGAUGUUCAACUUUGACAACGUCAAAAAGGUGGUAGCAGAAGCGGAUGGGUACCAGCCAUACGUCAUCUCCCCAGAAAAGGGUCUGCGUCUGCUCAUCAAGCGCAGCCUCAACCUGGCCAAGCAGCCAGGCCUAGACUGUGUGGAUGAGGUGCACAAGAUCCUAUUGGACAUUGUUGUUGCAGCAGCGUCCACUGCUCCCUCCCUUGUCCGCUUUCCUCCCAUGAAGAAAGAGCUAGUGGCGAUUGCGUCUGCAGCGCUGGACGAGUACAGGGCAGAGGCGAAGGUGAUGGUGACGGCGCUGGUGGACAUGGAGAGGGUCUUUAUCCCUGCGACGCACUUCAUUGAGGCAGAGUACAAGCGACAGGAGACGCUGUUCAAAGAAAUGACCAACGCGCGCAAGUCCGCAUCUAGAGCGGGCGAGGGCCGGUUCAGCUCGUUCAUGAUGGGGCGGAAGAAGGAGGCCCCGCCUCCUCCGCCACCAUCAACAUCGUUCUCUGCUGCUGCUGCUGCCCCCAGCCAGCCCCAAGAGCCGCAGCGGGAACUCGCAGGGUUUCUGUGGAAAGUGAGCUCCAAGGGCGGGUGGAGCAAACGGUGGUUCGCCCUCAGCGACAAGACUGCUAGGCUGUACUAUGUGAAGAAGCCCGACGAGAAGACUCCCCGAGGCGUCAUCCCUCUGGAGGACUGCAUAGUGGAGGACAAUCUCCCGCCAGAGGAGGUGCCAUCAGCGUCCGACCUCAAGUCUGGGAGCCCCUCCGCCCAGUCGCUGUCGUUCAAAAUCAGUAAUCGCACCCCGUACAAGACCGUGGUCAAAGUGCACAACGCUCUCAUCCUCCGAGCGGACAGCCUGGCAGAGAAGCAGCAGUGGGUGCAACGCCUGCGCAGCCACACCAAGGCCUUCAAAGAAGCGCCCUCGCCCCCACCAGAAGCAGCAGGCGGAGGGGAAGCAGGGGACGACUCGGGGGGCGCGGAUGGGGAACGGGAGGGGGAGAGCGGGCCCGGGGGACUUGGGGGGGGCGUUCCCCCCGCGCCUGGGCAGCAGGGGGGGCCUGGGGGGGGGAAUCAGCGGGUGGUGAGUCCGGAGGAGGAGCUCAAGGCCAUGGCGACUGAAGUGAGGCGAUACGUGCAUGCUGUGCUGGCGCACCUGGCAGAUAACAUCCCCAAGGUGGGCAGGGAGGAGAGUGGAUUUGGUGUCCAGGCAAUAGUGCUGACGCAAGUGGAGAAGGCCAAAGACGCCAUGCUCACAAAACUGUACCAGAAAGUCAGUGAACUAUCCGACGACAGUCUGUCAGUGCUGCUGCAGGAGGACAUGGAGAGCAAAGGGAAGAGGGAGCGGUUCAAGCACCUGCAGAACGCCCUGCUGAAGCUGAAGCGGUCACUCAGCCUGCAUGAGGCACGGGCGUCCGCAGAAGAGGAGGCUGGGGCAGGAGGGAAGGAGAAGGUGGAUGACUGGCGUGCAGCCUUCAACAAGGCAUCACCCAUGGCCCCCGUGCAAGAGGAAGCAUCCUCCCCGAGGUCCUCCGCUCCUGCUCUCUCCCCAACAUCUACCAAGCCGGCCCGAACCUCCUCCGGAACUCCCAAGGGCUCAGGCUCGGGAGGAACAGGUUCGUCCCCCGCUCCUGCUGCAUCCCAAUCCGCUGCUUCUGCUGCGGUGGCUUCAGCAGCAGCAGCAGCUGCAGCGGCAGGGAGAGGAGGAUCCGGAGCAGGUGCAGGAGCAGGAGCAGGAGGAGGGGCAGGGGGGCCAGGGGGAGCAGGAUCGGCAUCGUCUCCCUCCCCAUCCAUCUCCUAUGCCCCUAGAACCAGCAUGAGCAUGGCCCCUAUGACAUCUCCUAUGGGAGGAGGAGGGAGCCCCAUGGGCAUGGCUAACAGCGCGAGCCUUGGCACUGCGGGGUAUGGCGGGAGUGUUGGCAUGAGCAGCAGUGCGGGUGCAGCAGCAGGGUACGGCAGCAGUGGGGGGGCGAGGGGAACGCCGCCUAUGGCAGGUCCUCCUAUGGGAGGAGCUCCUAUGGCUGCAGGUGCUGGUAUGGGUCAGCCCAUGGGGCAGCCUAUGGGGCAGCCUAUGGGGCAGCCAAUGGGUGCGCCCAUUGCGGCUGGUCCCCCCCGCAACCCUUCGCCUCUGCGGCAGAUGCUGAGUGGCGUGGGCAUGGGAAGGAGGGUGCCUCCUGCUCCCCCCACCACCGCUGCGCCCACGUAUAAGUACCCAUAG